ACACACACACACACACACACACGAAAAGGGAUGGUGGAUGCUCCUGACUCGAUGGCUAAGACGAGGUGGGAUAAUCAUGCGUGUCUGGCCCCGGGCGUUGAUGCAGCUGCCGUUGCCUGAUCUUUACUGGGCUGAGGGUAGGGUUGUUCCGGUUCCGACUGGAUCUUCAUCUCGAUUCGGCUUGACAUCGAUGUUAUCAAGCUAUUUACAUGUAAGAAGACAACGACUGAUGUAGCCUAAAAAGCGCAACCGCAAUUAUUGAAAACAUCUGAAUGGUGUAAUUAAAUGCUACCAUCGAUGGAGGAGGAUCUUAUUUAUAAUAACUAUUGAAGUGCUGUCUUGGAGGAAGGGAAAUAACCAGGGACAUCCCCGUGAGACGACCGGCUCACCCGUUCUCCUGUUUGCUGCGAUUUUUUAAAAAUGAGAUCGGUACGUAGGCUGCCGUGAAAAUAACAUAAUUGCAUUAGUAAUCAGGCUAGGACACCCUCUCCACCAGCACCCUAUUUUCGCCGUUCCAGGGGCAGCAAACGCGGCACCGAACGCAAACCCGUCCACGACCCGGUCCGCGCCAUCAAAUCGACGCAUUACUGGAUGGGGAGUAGCAUAGACUGUGAAGACCGUGAGUGCGUGUGUCAAAAGGGGGACAGAGGGAGACCGGGCCAGCUCAACCCCCUGCACCGGUUAAUUGCGCUCUAAUCUGGCAAGUUUGGAGGGACGGAGAGUCCGGUGCAGUAAGGGCGCCUCAAUGACCGUCUCAUCCCGGGACAGGUAGAGAAGGCUAGAGAACGGCGGCGUGUUUGGAAGUUUUGAUGCAUAUGAUCACAACCACCAUGAUUUUUAUGAUUCUUGGCGCUUCAGUUGUAAUGGCGAUUGCCUGUUUAAUGGACAUGAACGCACUACUGGAUCGCUUUCACAACUACAUCUUACCGCAUCUACGAGGGGAAGACCGCGUCUGUCAUUGCAACUGUGGAAGGCAUCAUGUCCACUAUGUGAUCCCGUACGAUGGGGACCAUUCUCUGGUGGACUCGUCGGAGAACUACUUUGUCAGUGACAGCGUAACCAAGCAGGAGAUGGACCUGAUGCUGGGGCUGCUGCUGGGCUUCUGUAUCAGCUGGCUCCUACUGUGGCUGGAUGGAGUGCUGCACUGUGCUGUCAGGGCAUGGAGGGCCAGCCGCUACUAUGACACCCCUUCCUGGUCAUGGCUCCCCUCAUUCUGUAACCUUCGAGAUCUGCGUCGACGCGCCCAGCUCAGACAGCUGGAGGACUCCACUGGCAACAUGGUCCACAUCAAGCAGAAGCUCUACCACAACGGCCACCCCAGCCCACGCCACCUCUGACUCUGAAACAAGAAUCCCCCCUCCAGCCCCUCAAACUGCCCCAAGGCCAACUGCUGCCUCAGAGACACUGGAAAACUGCCCUCCGACUGUUCAUAACACACCUGGCCCGAAACUUUCUUACGAUGAUCCUGACACAAGUCAGCACCCACCAAUCCAAACUCGAGCAGAAGAUAGUCGUCACUGAAAUCUUGUCUAUGUCCAUGUCCACCAUUGAGGUAGGAAGGAAAAACAAGCAUUUUUAAGGGUGCUUUCUGUAUAGAAAAAUGUUCUGUGUUCAUUGUUGAAACUUGGCAUGAUCUUUUAGAACAGGGUACGAUGAUGGGGGGCACAGUGUUUAUUAAAAAAAAUCUCUAUGGGGAGGGUAUUUCUCUAAAGUGGGAGGGAGGUAAAUGGAUAGGGGUGGGUUUCAAGAUUUUAUGAUGGGAAGUUUAGAUUGCUGCUUCUGUAAAUACUUCUAAAUAUGGGGAAGUGGGAACACAGGGUAGGUUUGUUCGUGAGUGUGGUGAGUCAAGUGUUACGAGUAGAGCUGAUGGACUGUAUGGAAGGAUAAACGGAGCGUAGGAAAGAGGAGGAUGACAGCCGUCUGGAAGUGAACAGUGUGAUGUCUGCUAAAAACAGAUUAAUUUGUUUUGUUACCUAGUGAAUUAAAUGAAUGUAUUAAUUUUACCUGUAAAUAUAAGAGGGGGAGGGGAGCAUACGUUUGUGGUUAGGGUUCUCUGCACUGUUAUUAUUUAUGAGAAGGUAGAAAAUGAAUGCCAGUCAAGAUAAGACGGAGACAGUUCAGUGCUUCCCUCGUCUUCCCAAUAUUGUGUCCAAUAGCACUUCCCACUUUGCUACAUCCAAUUCCUUCAUACUUACUCAAAAGCAACCAGCCUAGAAGCAGUGGGAACCCUCACCCAGUCCCUCUCUCCCUCUCUGUCCAGACAUUGCUGUUGUGAAGAUAAAAUGUCUGUUUUAUUAAAAGUGCCAUUGAAGCACAACAGUGA